AGCGAUUUAUCGAAGUCGCCGGAGUGACCGUCGAACGGUACGCCUCCAAUGCUUGCAACUUUGUAAUGAUUGGUCUCUCCCGCAACUUCUCCACAGUCUGCAAGCUUAGUUAUUUACAGCCCCGCCAGACACAGGCGACGCCAAAUUUCAUACCCUUUUCUCAGCUUCAACAGCAGCGGAAGCUCUUAGAAUGGCGACUCAUAAGUAUUCUCCACGACUGCACGGACUUUUCUCAAAUCAAGCAAGUCCAUGGCCAAAUCAUUUGCAAUGGCUUGAGUCAAUGCUCUUACGUCCUUACCAAACUCAUUCGCAUGCUUUCGAAGGUAGAUGUCCCAAUGGAUUGCUACCCACGUCUGGUUUUUGGACAGGUUAAUUACCCCAAUCCCUUUCUUUGGACUGCCAUGAUUCGUGGGUAUGCCCUUCAAGGACCCUUCACUGAGUCUAUUAACCUGUAUACUAACAUGAGGGGGAAUGGCGUCAGUCCUGUUUCGUUUACGUUUUCUGCGCUUUUUAAGGCUUGUGGGGCUUCUCUUAAUUUGGAUUUAGGUAGGCAGGUGCAUGCUCAGACGAUUUUGAUUGGGGGAUUCGCUUCUGAUUUAUAUGUUGGUAAUACGAUGAUUGAUAUGUAUGUGAAAUGUGGGGUUUUGGGUUGUGGGCGGAAGGUGUUCGAUGAAAUGUCUGAGAGAGAUGUGGUUUCAUGGACUGAGCUGAUUGUUGCGUAUGCGAAGUUUGGGGACAUGGAAUCUGCUAGGGGGCUGUUUGAUGAAUUGCCUUUGAAGGAUAUGGUGGCAUGGACUGCAAUGGUCACUGGUUAUGCCCAAAAUGCUAGACCAAAGGAGGCAUUGGAGUAUUUUCAGAAGAUGCAGGAUGUCGGUAUCGAGACCGAUGAAGUUACACUUGUUGGUGUCAUCUCAGCCUGUGCACAAUUGGGUGCAGUUAAAUAUGCUAACUGGAUUAGAGACAUUGCUGAAAGAUCAGGCUUUGGACCUUAUGAACAUGUAAUGGUGGGAUCUGCUCUUAUCGAUAUGUAUUCUAAAUGUGGUAGUCCUGAUGAGGCAUACAAGAUUUUUGAAGGAAUGAAGGAAAGAAAUGUGUUCUCGUAUAGUUCAAUGAUUGUGGGAUACGCUAUGCAUGGUCGCGCUCAUUCCGCUUUGCAGUUGUUCCAUGAGAUGUUAAAGACUGAGAUCAGGCCAAAUAAGGUUACUUUCAUUGGGGUGCUUUCAGCAUGUAGCCAUGCCGGUAUGGUCGAACAAGGUCGGCAGCUAUUUGCUAAGAUGGAAAAGUAUUUUAACGUAACGCCUUCACCCGAUCAUUAUGCGUGUAUGGUUGAUCUCCUUGGUCGAGGUGGAUGUUUGGAAGAAGCUCUUGAACUCAUUGAAACCAUGCCAAUGGAACCCCAUGGAGGCGUAUGGGGAGCACUGCUUGGAGCUUGCCGCAUCCAUGGGAAUCCCAACAUUGCUCAGGUAGCUGCCGAUCAAUUAUUCAAGCUAGAACCAGAUGGUAUAGGUAACUACAUUCUGCUAUCAAACAUAUAUGCAUCAGCAGGAAGAUGGGAAGAGGUGUCGAAAUUACGGAAAGUGAUUCGAGCCAAAGGCUUAAAGAAGAAUCCUGGCUGCAGCUGGUUUGAAGGAAAGAAAGGGGACAUUCAUGAAUUCUUUGCGGAUGAUGCAACCCAUCAACGAUCAAGUGAGAUUAGACAAGCCUUGAGGCAACUCCUUGUGAGAUUAAGAGCCCAUGGAUACAAGCCAAACUUGAGCUCUGUGCCUUAUGACUUGACCGAUGAUGAAAAGGAACGAAUACUGAUGAGUCAUAGUGAGAAGCUGGCGUUGGCAUACGGGAUGUUAUGUACUGAGGCAGGGGAAACCAUUACGAUCAUGAAAAACCUUAGGAUAUGCGAGGAUUGCCACAAUGUCAUGUGUGCUGCAUCUGAAAUCACUGGAAGGGAGAUCAUUAUAAGGGAUAACAUGAGAUUUCAUCACUUCCACAAUGGGACUUGUUCUUGUGGUAACUUUUGGUGAUCCAAGCCAGAGCCCUCUUAAUUCCUUGCGCUUUCAUCGCCUGCUAAUGCUUAUUGUUGACCAAUCAUCAAGUUCCGACAGGUAUCAGAAAUUCUUCUUCUUCUUGUUCUUCUUCAAUUGUAGUUGGCUUGUUGAAAUCCGUUCCCUUUCCUCUGUCACUCAAAAUUUUUGUAUUUUAUAUGGUGAAAAUUAAGGAAUGUGAAAACACGACUUGGCUUC